AUGGAGAACGUGGUACCGGCUGCCUGCUUCCUGUACUGGCUGGGCGCAGGCACCGUGGCCUACCUGGCUCUGCGUCUCUCGUGCUUUUUCUACACGGCCUUUCGAGUCUGGGGAUCCGAGAACAAGAGCGUGGUCGGACCGGAGCUCGGGGAAUGGGCAGUUGUCACGGGCAGUACGGAUGGGAUUGGAAAGUCCUAUGCAGAGGAGUUAGCAAAGCGUGGAAUGAAAGUCGUCCUUAUCAGCAGAUCCCAGGAUAAACUGAACCAGGUUUCCAGUGAAAUCAAAGAAAAAUUCGAAGUGGAAACAAAGACCAUUGCUGUUGACUUUGCAUCAGAAGAUAUUUAUGACAAAAUCAGUGCUGGCUUGGCAGGUCUUGAAAUUGGUGUUUUAGUGAACAACGUGGGAAUGUCCUACGAGUAUCCUGAAUACUUUCUGGAUAUUCCUGACCUGGACAAUACCAUCAAGAGAUUGAUAAAUGUUAAUAUUGUUUCUGUUUGUAAGAUGACACGAUUGGUGCUGCCUGGCAUGGUAGAAAGAUCGAAAGGGGUGAUUGUGAACAUCUCCUCCGCCAGUGGCAUGUACCCUGUUCCGCUCCUGACGAUCUACUCUGCAACCAAGACGUUUGUGGACUUCUUCUCCCAGUGCCUCCACGAGGAGUACAGACACAAGGGCAUCUUCGUGCAGAGUGUCUUGCCGUACUUCGUGGCUACAAAGCUGGCUAAAAUCCGAAAGGCAACUUUGGACAAGCCUUCUUCAGAGACAUUUGUGAAGUCUGCAAUGAAAACAAUAGGCCUGCAGUCCCGAACCAGUGGUUACCUGAUCCAUUCUAUCAUGGCCUCAAUAAUGUCCUGUCUGCCUUCCUGGCUUUACUAUAAAUUAACCAUGUUUCUUGGCAAAUCAACCCGGGCGCGCUACCUGAAGAAAAACAAGAAGAACUAA